AUGGCCGAGUACAAGCACGCCGCCAUCGGCGAGCGGGAUUUCAGAAUCCUCUCUCUCGCGCCAGGGAAGCCCGACGAGCCCCUCCGAGGCGACCUGCUUGUGCGCCCGAUCGAUGCCUACCUCAACGAGGCCGGAAAGCACGAGGGAGAGCUCCCCGCGUCGGCGGACUCGUACGAGGCCGUCUCCUACGUGUGGGGUUCCGAGGACAAGCCCCGGCGCAUCGUCAUCUCGCCCGCCGGCGCCGAGAUGGCCAUGACGGAGAACCUCUACCACUGCCUCAGGCGCAUCCGCCUCGAGGACCGCCCGCGUCUCGUCUGGGCCGACGCCCUGUGCAUCAACCAGGCCGACGGCGGGGAGAAGGAGUCGCAGAUCAUGCUGAUGCACGACAUCUACGUCGGCGCCCGCCGCGUGCUGGCCUACCUCGGCGAAGAGGCCGACGGCAGCGGCGAGGCCGUCGAGCUGAUCGAGAGGUACUGGCGCGUCAGCCUCCCGAACCCCCUCAACGCGGGCGCCCGCGCCUUCGUCGAGGGCCUGCUCUCCGAGCCGGUGCCGGAGGCGCCCGCGGGCGGCGAGGCGGAGCUGCCCCCGCAGGGCGACGACAAGUGGACGGCCGUGUCGCGGUUCUGGAACCGGCCGUGGUUCCGCCGGGCCUGGGUCGUGCAGGAGUUCAUCCUGGCGCGGGACGUGUUGAUGAUCUGCGGCGACAAGACCGUGAGCUGGUCGCAGCUGUGGCCCGCCACCGUCGCCCUGGAGGAGCCCGAGAGCCCGCCCUGGCCGCUGGUCAACGCCGCCGGCGAGGAGGUCAAGGGCGCCGCCGACCUGAUGGCCAACAUGGCGCAGCGGCUGCGGUUCUACCAACUCGGCUCCAUGAGGGGCAACUCGGACGGGCACGGGCACGGCGACGACGAAGACGACGGGCAUGAACACGGGGGUGGAUGCUGCGGAGGCCGCGGCGGCCACGAGCACGACGAGCACGACGAGGGCGAGAAGGCAGAGCAGGGCGAGGACGAUGAAUGGGAAUCGGAGGACGGCGAGGAGUCGGACCGCUCGACAGACCUCCUCAGCCUGCUCCUGUCGUUCCGCGAGGUCGAGGCGACCGACCCGCGGGACCUCUACUUUGCGCUCCUCGGCCUCGCCUCCGACGGCGACAGGGAAGAGUUCCGCCCCGACUACUCGGCCACGUUCGAGCAGACGGCCCUCCGCUUCGCCCGCACCCUCCUCCACGAGCCCUUCAGCGAGGAGCUGCUCGACCACGCUGGCGUCGCCGAGAGCCUCAACGGCGAGGGCUUCCCCUCCUGGAUCCCCGACUUCCGCAGGCCCUGGCGGCGCAUGACGGUCGCCGACGCCGCCGAAUCCGAGGCCGCCGGCGAGACGGACUUUGACUUCGGCUUCGACCCCAACGAGGCCGAGGACGUGCUCCUCCUCAAGGGCGUCAAGGUGGACACCAUCACCCACGUCACGGCCGUCCCGCGGCCGGCGCACCUGCACGCAGAGCAGCCGUCGCUCUGGGUGAAGCGGGACAUGGUGACGCUCUCGAAGCUGCUCGCCGGCAUGCCCGGGUUCGAGGAGGCGGCGUACGCGGCGACGGGGGGAGAGGAGUCCGGGCUCGAGGCGGUCCUCCGGGCGCUGACGUUCUUCCGCACCGAGGCGGACGAGGAGGAGCAGGGGGAGGUGCCGACGACGACGCUGAAGCUGGCGUGGCGGUUCUGCACGGCGGUCGAGGACGACGACCUGUCGGCGGCGCGGCCGGAGCGGGAGGCGCUGCGCAGGGAGAUGAUGCUGUCCGGGUGCACGGCCGAGGAGGCGGGCGAGGCGCUCGAGGCGGCGGCGCAGGUGCUGAUCAACCGCGUGUUCCCGAUGCGGGCGGCGCUGGACCUGGUGCUGGCCAAGGGGGAGCGGUACGUGGGCAUGGUGCCGGACGGGUGCGAGGCCGGCGACGAGGUCUGGGUGGUGAAGGGGUGCAACGCGCCGUUCGUGCUGCGGCGGAGCGCGCAGAGGGAGGGCGAGAGGCGCAUCGUGGGCGCCGCGUACGUGCACGGCAUCAUGAACGGCGAGGCCGUCGGGGAGGACACCGACUUCGAGCCGGUGGCGAUUCACUGA